AAACAAUGGACAAUAUUGUUACUGAAAGUAUUAAAUUUGAAAGCGAACCAAAUUACCUCCAAAGAGGUUACCACCUCUUCGAUAUCAGUUUUUUGAACGGAUUAACAUGUGUUAUAACUAAUAAAAUCGAGACGGACGAGAUUCACCUGAAAAUAAAACUGGAUUGGGAUGAGCGAGACAUAGAGAAGAUCACUGGUUUCAUCCAAUUGUCGUAUGAUGGCCAUCAACUGAAACCUAUUGAUUCGAACUUUGACAAACGAGGAGGAAUCUGCACAAUAAUAGUUCCUAAAUUCCUAUAUGAAUACCGCUGGUCGUUUUCGUUCAAUCUAAAACUUCACCGCGACCCAGCCAAACCACCCCAGAUUUCUAAUGACCUCAAAUCUCAGGUGUCUUAUGACACAAUGUUUGAGCCAUCCAGGAAGCACGAUGCGGUGCUCUUAAUUGGGGAGAAGAAGCUUCAUGUGAACAAGGCUUUCCUCUCCUAUCACUCCGACUAUUUUUCUGAUCUAUUCGCUGAGAAAGUCGACGAGAAGAACGGGAUCCCGAUCGAAAACGUGACCUAUGAGAAUUUCGGGCUUCUCAUGAGUGUCAUCUACCCUGAAGCGGUUUUCUCGAAUCACCAGAACGCUGAAGUCCUUCUCGAGCUGGGAAAUCGUUUCAAGAUUCCGGCUGUGAUGCGUCACGUGGAAAACCAAAUCGUUGGAGACACCACCAAGUUCCCAAAUAAACGGUUGAUUUCCCUGGCAGAGAAAUACGGACUUCAAAAGCUAUUGGCUAUGGAAAUCCAGAAGAUGAAAAGCUUCGACCAGGCUAAGAAGUUCAAAGGAUCGGACGAUUACUUGCAGUUGUCGGAUGCGACAAAGGCCAAGAUCUUCGAUCGACUCAUUGAGUUAUCGUGAUUUCUUUCAAUUUGACUUGAUUCUUGAAAAUAAACCAUUCUGUUACUUUUUUCG